UAUAAAAUGGCGGCUUUAUGAUGCAAGCUGUCAGUUGAUAACUUAUAGUGGAGUGCCGGUGUAAAAAUGUAAUGAACGGCGUUAUAUUGGAGAGCAUACAUAUCCAGAUGUCAACUAGGGCGUUGUACGAAGUAAGAAAUUAGUAAAGAGUGUGAAGGAGUGUGCUGUGGACAAACUGAGCAGAAGUUGAAGAUGAAUGUGCUACAAGCCACUAAACAGUCAAAAAUAUAACAGACUUGUGCAUCAACAUUUUAACUACCAGCACCAUGAGACAAAUGCAGCUUUUCUACAUGGUACUUGCCAUCAUAACCCUAAUAAUAAUAACCUUUAUGUCAUCCAAUCUUCGCAUUACCACCAGAAGUCAUUCACAAGCACUGGCAAACAAUUUAAGACGCCUAGCAGUAGACCUUUCUGAGACACAACGCAGCUUGAUGCAUUUACCAUUGCAAUUCUACAAAAUUGAACAAAAUAUUCAGCUCGUAAAGCAACUGAUAAAAUCAGUGGAUGGACAAUCAGUGCAAGAGGACAAAGUUUCCAGCAAUUCCCCCUCGGAAACAUAUGUUACUAAGAGAGAGGUUUGUCCUGAGAAAUUUAUGGGAAAUGAUUCUUCUUAUGGCUCUCCAUUUUAUAGGAAAGGUUUUGAGGGAGAGGACUGCACAGACUAUGUUCCAAUUUAUGAGCUUGUGACUAUGAUUGUCACAUCACCUAAGGAACUAUCACCUGAAAACUUGAGAAAAGUGUUUGAAGGAAUCGCCACAUAUUAUCCAAGAGUUCCUGUAAUAUUUACAUCAAACAAAACGUUAAAGGCAAAGAGGCUGAAAAAAACAAGAUUAAAUCAUCUAAUGUUCAUGGCAUUUGAUGACCUUACACAUGGAGAAACAUGGUCCAAGUUACUCAAGAAGGUGACCACACCCUAUGUGCUCUUUGCCCCAGAUAUCACGUACUUCACUGAUGAUGUUAAUCUUGAACACCUUGUUCGGGUACUGAGUGAAAACAAGGAUACCAUCAUUAUUGGAGGAAGCCAUAAAAAUCAGCGGGGGGAGUGGGACAAUAGCUGUCGUCAAGUGCAAUUCAGAAAUUGGACUGCAUAUUUUGCAGAUGGUUAUUACCACUCAUUUAAUGAUUGUUUAGAAUGUGAUGUACUGCUUGGUCCAUUCAUGGCAAAAACCAAGAAACUCCAGGAUCUUGGAAUUGAUGAAAAACUACAUUUUGGUGCCUUUCAAGACUUAUUCUGGCGAUUAAAACUCAAACAUCCAGAGAAAGUUGUUGCCAGCUGUCCUGAUGUCAUGUUUGACACUUAUGAGCAGGAAGUUCCUGAUGAAAAAUUUGUCCACCUCACUCAAAAAUGGGAUGUGAAGAAAUGGGUGGAAUCUAAUGGGCGAGUGCGUUGGUAUGGAUGCCGAAGAGGUGGGCAUGCACAUGAUAAUAAAUCUUCCUGUGGUAUAUCAGCCACAGGACUCGCUGUUCCUCCUUGUGACUUGGAGAAUCUUGCAGAUAUGGUCAAGUUUAUCAUGAAAGAAUGCGAAAAUGCUGGGAUUUAUUGUGAAGUUAUGGAGGGAUCUCAAUUAGGGGCUGUUAAAUUAAAAAAGGUUUUGCCAUGGGAGCGUGAUGCUGACAUCCAGUUUCUUUCUGAGAACUACACAGCAAUUCAAAAGCUCCGUCCAAGAUUUGAGGCAGCAGGCUAUAAAUUUGAAGAUAGAAAAGGAACUGAAUGCUGCACAGAUGGGCGUAAGACGUCAGGAAUUUUUGUAAUCUAUAGAAAUGGCUGGGGUGUUGACUUUUAUGGAAGACCUAAGCUUGAGUCUGAGAUGCUUGUAGCUAAUGGUCAGCAGCCAACUAAAGUGAUGUUUGCUGUUCAGUGGGUUACUGCCAUGCGCAAUCCGGGACUUUCUUCACGUAAUCGAUAUGGACCCAAUAUUUAUCGUCAUGUAGAGCAUUGGUAUUACAUAGGGAUGAAGAGUGGGGGAAUGCGCUACAAAUCAGGUGUCUUCACCAAAUGUCCCAAGCCAGGACACAUAGGGUGUUUAAACCAGCUCCGCCCUGAUGGCAAUCUUCCAUCUGGUGACAGCUUUGUGACCUAAAUUGCUUUACACACUAACUUGGAAUUGGAAUAAGCCAACAGAAGCAAAUUUUAUGAAAUGCAUCAAAGUAGUUGUUUAUGGAAAGGACCUUAAGAGGCCAUGUAAAGUGUUUUUAAAAGGCUGUAUUUGCUCACAUUUGCUUGAUGUCUGUGCAAUAUUUGCCCCAGUUGAAUUGAUGUUAAAUGAAAAGUGAUAAAUAGACGCUUACUGGAAACAACUUUGUGGAACAACAUGUGCAGUUUGCAAGAAUAUUGUAAUGUAAGUUAGCACUACACAGGUAAUUGCUGUAGAAGAUAUGUGAUAGACCAAAUUGUGGAAUAGGCACAACAACACCUUGAGUAAGAGAUCACACUAGAGUGUCAGUCCUCAGUGUCAGCAAGUAACAGUUUAACAGUGGAAAUAACACAAAGUUUGUAGUCCAUUGUAGAGAGAAUAGGACAUACAUAUAUUUCCUGACAAUAUCUCUUUCAAUGCACCUUUAAUUCAUUUUCUGCUAAAUUCACUUUAAAUUAUUUUACAAAGGGGAUCAUCAGAAAUAAGACCAAAGAAUUUGGUCUUAAUUAUUUUGACCAAAUGCUUACAUAUACUGGAUUAAAUAUAAAAUGAGCAUGAAAGGUGUUCAGCUCCUCAAUAAUAUGUAGAUUUAUUCCUGUUAAUUUUUUUUUUUUGAGACUGAUGUACUUUUUUUCUAGUUGCAGCUAUUAAAAUAAUGGUAAUUGAAAUCAUUAACAUCAUGAAGAAAUCCA